UUUUAGCUUCUUUCAUGUAAAAAAUGUUCUGUGCUUAUGAGUUCAAAGCAGAAUUUUGGUUCAUAGCUAAUGGGAACACUAUAAGACAGUAGUGCCCUAAGAGCAAUACUAUGUAAUCUGCCAAGAGAAGUAGGGAGACUCCAAUAGUUUGAGUCAUUUGAAGUUCAAUUGGACAAAGCACUGGAGAAUAUACUGUGUAGCUUCUCGGAGCAGCACAGCCAACUGAAAGGAAUAAGCUAUAAAGUGUGUCAGAGCUUGUUAAUUUCAAAUUGAUAAUACUUUAUUGGUGUGACCAGUUAUACUUUAUACAAGUGUUGGACAGGCACCUGGUGGAUUCCUCUGAGAUCCAACAAUAUGUCUGGUCCCAGCCCUCAAGGUCACAACUGGAGCCAGAAGUCAGAAGACGAGGAGGAUCCCUUGGAUCAAAUGAUCUUGCGCACUGGCUGUGCCACUUUCCAUUAUGCAGUGCAGGAGUGCAUGGCCGAACACCAGGACUGGAGGAAGUGUCAGCAGCAGGUACAGGCCUUCAAGGACUGCAUGAAGGAACAUCAGAAGCAACGAAUGGAGGAACUGCAGAAGAGGCAAAUGUUAGCCCAGGCCAAGAGCUGAUAGAAAAGACUCAAGCUUGAAGCUAAAGAGAUCCAAGAGUCUAACUCAGCCAGAGCGUGGAGAAUUUAACUUCUGAGAAGUAUCCUGCUGAAUCAAAGAGGGAUAAAACCUACUCCCUCUUGGGACUUGGCACGUGUAUUAAGGGGACUGAUCAUAGUAAUCAGGAUGGGGGUGACUUUGCUGAUGAUGUCACUGAAUAUUUUUUAUAGUGGAAAUAUCAAGUAAAAUUUUAUUUUAAAUUUUCUGGUGAAAAAAUAAAUGAAUUCAUUGUUCCUA